UUUCAAGGCAGCUGCACUACAAUCACGAGAUCCAGACACGUCUAAACACGUCUAAACACGUGUAAACACAAGACGUCUUCACUAUCUACUGCUGCUCGUUACGACGGCCGCCAUAUUGGAAAGGGCAGAAGAGCAAUUCUACUACCUGAGAUGUGGACAAUUGUGACAGCGCUGACCGUAAUCUCCGUCGCUCUACCAGGAUUGUGGUGCAGCAGAUGGACAGUGAGCUUCUCGAGGACGGAGAUCUGCACCUGGGUCGGGACCACCGUCAUCCUGCCGUGCCGUUACGACUAUCCACCGCCCUACAGCGCCACACAAGUCAUGUGGUUCCACAUCACAGCUGAUGGUAAGCGGGAUUUCGCCUUCCACUCGGACCCCAGCCUCAUCAGUCCGUCAUACAGGGACAGGGUGAAGUACGUCGGAGGCCACAAGAGAUGCAGCCUGCAGAUCACGAGCAUCAAGCUAAGCGACGGCGGUCAGUAUCACUUCAGGUUUGAAAUGGACCACCAGCAAGGGAGAUGGACCUCACCGGACUCCAUCAAUCUUUCAGUAACAGAGCUCCAGACUCAGGUUCAUCCUGCACGGAUCUCCAACAUUUUUGCGUCAGGUGAGACGGUGUUCCUGAGCUGCGUAGCUCGAGGCUGUGCGGCUGCAGGAAAGACUUUCGCCCUCUACAGGAAUGGAGUGAACCUGGGCUACGCAGAGCGAGUGUCACCUCUCUACAACUUCAACAGUCAGCAUGCAGGAACAUACUACUGCAGACCAGUUCCACCACAGAACGUCCAGUCUGCCAGCGUCAGCCUCGCUGUGGGAUACGCCCCUCGUCACACCUCGGUGCAGAUGAGUACGCAGGGUCCUUUGACCGAGGGCGACUCGGUGACUCUGACGUGUCUCAGUGAAGGUGCUCCGGCGGUAGAGAGCUUCGCCUGGUUUCGAGAGGGCGAGAGUGGCAGCGUUCCUGACAGCUUCAAACCUGAACUCCAGCUCUGGAGUCUGGACUACAGAGACCACGGAGAGUACUUCUGCGUGGCCCGCAACUCCAUCGGCGACGACCGCUCCAGACCCGUCCUGCUCAACGUUACCUAUUCUCCCAAGAACACAAAGAUCUUAAUUAGCGCCAAUGGCGAUGUGAUGGAGGGCCACGAGAUCAACCUGACAUGCGUCAGCGACGCUAACCCACCAGUCAUGAGCUACGCCUGGUACAAGGUCAUCAGAGGUCAACCCUGGGCCAAAGGUUUCUCCCAGAGCCUCAGCUUCACCAGCGAGCACUCGCACCAUGGCGGGCAGUACUACUGCACCGUCUGGAACGUUCUGGGAAUGGGGUCGUCUCCGCCGGUCACCCUGUCGGUGCUGUAUGCCCCGAAAAACACCACGGUUUUGGCUCGUCCGUCCAGCGUGAUCGAGGCGGGCGGUUCCUUGACCCUGACCUGCAGCAGUCAGGCGAACCCGGCGGUGGAGAACUACACCUGGCACCGGAUCAAUGGCGCUGAUGCCUGGGAAACCCGAUCGGGCCAAAGCUACACCAUCGCUGAGGUCAGCACCGAGGCCGGCGGCCGAUACUACUGCGUGGCUCGUAACCGCAUCGGUGUGCACAGCUCUCCGGUCCUCACAAUCAGGGUGCGAGGUCGGCUGAAGGCCAUCGCUCUGGCGUCUGCGGUCGGGGUUUCCGUAGCACUCAUCACUCUGACCGUCGCCGUCAUGAUCAGUAAGAAUAUGCACAGAGUGGACAGUGAAGCUCUGCAAAUAGACAAGCAGCUCGGAUCUCCCAUGGAAGUGGACACGCUUUUUUAUGAAUGUCCUCAACCACCCCUUCAGCCCCGGAGCUCAAAGAUGGCAGACAUUCCAGAGGAACCAGAGGACGUUCAUGACAACGUUCAUCCUUCCAUUGUGCCUCUUAAGGAAGCUGUGGAGAAAAGCGAGAAAGACGGAGGGACAUUCAAAUACGUCACUGUGCAUUUCUCUCGUACAUCAAGCCGGGACCAAGUGCAUGUCACGAGCCUUCCACAAGACGGCGCUUCGAAGGAGUCUAAAGAUAAACAGCCAAACUGCUGAAACGAAAUAAGUCCAGUUGCCUCCACUAACUAACUAUUGUUUCACUGUUCGAAGGA